AUGUCUGAAGAUCUAGCUGAAUGGUUGAGUGACUCCAACGAGGCUCUGAGCCUCCAAUUAGUCCGGGAUCCGGAAGACGAAGAUGUACUUCAUGCUCAGGAGAAACGAGCCAUCGAACCAUUCCAUCCGACAUUCACAUACCCCAUAUUCGGAGAACACGAGAAGAUAUUUGGGUAUAAAGGGUUAGAUAUACAGUUAAAAUUCGCUUCGGGGUCACUACGUCAAUACCUAUCUGUAACAUACGAUUCCAAGCUCAACUCCCCAGCAACACCAUCAGAUGAGAUUGAGGGGACUUUAUACAAAUUCAUCCCUCCCGAUUAUACAAAAUCGGAAAUGGAUUUUAGCAAACUGGUGGAGAAAGAUGCAUCGGAGUUCAAACCUCUAGGUGAAAAAAUUGGAUCAUACGUUAGACCAGCUGCUACAUCUAGCAAAUCCAAGGGAAAAGGAAAAGGAAAGGUCAGUAACGGUGAGGAGUUGAAAGAGGAUGAUGAGAAUGCGGUAGUGUUUGAGAUGUACAAGGCAACAUGGAAUACCCCUGGGUUCAGAGAGUAUCACAGGAGGAUGCAAUUGUUCAUAUUACUUUUCAUCGAAGGAGGAAGUUACGUUCAUGAAGAUGAAGAUUCAUGGGAGUUUAUAACAUUAUACGAAAAACGUAAACGACCGGCAACGGACUCCGACAUCUGGACAUAUCAUUUCGUAGGAUACGUAUCGGUCUACCCAUUUUGGUGUUAUCCAGAUCAAGUUAGAUUGAGAUUAAGUCAAUUUGUCAUUUUACCUCCCUAUCAGAAUCAAGGACAUGGAUCCAAAUUAUAUUCCACCCUCUUCUCCCAGAUGUUAGCCCGUCCAGAAGUAGCCGAACUCACCGUUGAAGAUCCCGCCGAAGCAUUCGAAGAUUUACGUGAUCGAAAUGAUCUCAGAUUCUUAGUUUCCAAAGGUAUACUGGAGGAUCCAAAUUUCUCAAUUGGGAUAGGACCAAGCGAUGAAUCGAGUCGAUCAGAGAGGGUUAAAUGGGAAAGUGAGAUAAGGAAGAAAUAUAAAAUUGCGCAAAGACAAUUCGACAGGUUAUUGGAAAUGUUAUUAUUGAAAGAGUUGGAAUUGAAAGAUGAGAAAGAAUUGAAGAAAUAUAGAUUACAUGUGAAAGCUAGAUUGUAUAGAUUUAACUAUGAGAUGUUAUCGCAAAUGACACUUGAAGAGAGGAAAGAGGCCUUGGCGAAGACUUAUGAGAGUGUAGUAGAGGAUUAUGAGAGGAUAUUGGAGAUGACUUUUCAUUGA